CUUUAUUUUUUAGCACUGUUUUUAAACAAUUAAUAAAUAUUUUUAUAUACCAAAACCAUUGUUCACUUCCUCAAGACUUAUCCGGCCCCAUUAAAAAUUUUAUAAUAAUAAAUAAAAGAAAAUAAAAACAUUGGGAAAAACAAAUUAUUCAAAUACGUAAAAUUACAAGAAAAUGCGAAGCCAAGAUUAGGAGGAAGAAGGGGGAUUCAGAUUUCAGGGUGAGGCGUGGUUCAAUUUUGCGAUUAUCUCCGGCUUGCUUUCACAGUUGAAGAGCUGAACGACGUCGUGUUGGGGAGCCUGCUGGCGAUGGGCGAUGAAAAAUCGUCGUCGAUUGUAAUGGCGACCAGAGACAGAGAACGAGAUCGAGAGCUUCUUAUCCCCGUGGCUGACUCCGUUGACAAUGACACUUCUUCUAAACCAUCCCCAUCUUCAUCUUCUUCCCACCACACGGGCCGCGAGACUUUAUACAAGGUCGUAAGAAGCUGGGCAUCAAAGAAGUUCAUGACCGGAUGUGUGAUCUUAUUUCCAAUUGCUAUCACUUUCUAUAUCACAUGGUGGUUUAUUCACUUUGUCGAUGGAUUCUUCUCUCCAAUCUAUGCUCAACUUGGAAUUGAUAUUUUUGGUCUUGGAUUUGUAACAUCCAUUACUUUUAUCUUUUUGGUUGGGGUUUUCAUGUCAUCAUGGUUGGGUGCAUCUGUUCUGAGCCUUGGGGAGUGGUUUAUCAAACGGAUGCCAUUUGUUCGUCAUAUCUAUAAUGCUUCCAAGCAGAUUAGUGCUGCCAUAUCCCCAGAUCAAAACACACAGGCCUUCAAGGAAGUUGCCAUCAUAAGGCAUCCACGUAUUGGUGAAUAUGCAUUUGGUUUCAUAACUUCAUCUGUUGUUCUCCAGAAUUAUACUGGAGAAGAGGAGCUAUGCUGUGUGUACGUUCCCACAAAUCAUCUUUACAUAGGUGAUAUAUUCCUGGUUAGCACUAAAGAUGUCAUUAGACCGAAUCUAUCAGUUCGGGAAGGAAUUGAGAUUGUUGUGUCGGGAGGCAUGUCAAUGCCCCAGAUCCUGUCAACACUUGAGUCGCAGAUUAUGCCGGUGGAUAGCAGUAGACCUAACAGAAGCUGAGUGGAUGUGUUAGAUGUAGCUGUGCUGCUUGUUUAUCAUCUUUGGUUUCUUUAUGUCAUCAGAGUUGCCUCGCAAUCAUCGUGGCAUAUGCUGGAUUUUUGGGAUCAGAUUGUUAAAUUAUGGUGGUUGGAGUGUAUGCUUCUGAUGACACAUGUAACAUCCUUUGUUAUGUUAGAAUAUAGAAUUUAGUGUUUGCUUGAAAGUAUAAUUGGUUGGAAACAAGGACGCAUGGAAAUAUAAUUAGUUGGUAACACGGCCGGCUAAAGGGCGAGUACUUUUUUAAUUUUUAUAUAAGAUUUUCUUAUUUUACAAA